UGUGUGUGAAAAAGAAAGGCAGAAGGGCAGGCAGACGCGACUGAGUGUUCCGGCUUCUAUCUCUCUCUAAAACCCACUCAUCUUUGUUUUUUCUCUGUGUGGAAACCCUAAUCUCUUCGAUUUUGCUCAAUGAAGCGUCGAUAUCAGCGUUCACGGCCUCGGAAGAAAGCAGCAGAAAAGGGUGCGCAUCGUGUGGAGUUCUCUGAUGAUGAUAAUCAUCUCGUGGUUUCUUCCGAUUCUGAUUAUCAUACCAGUGAAGAUGAUGGCAUUAUUGAUAUUUCAGAAGAGAAUGAAAAUGGAGGUUUUCCUUUCAACCAUCUUGUAAAUGAUGAGGUUGGGUUUUCUGAUGAUGAUGUUUUGGACAAGGUGCCAAAGCGGAGGAGGAAGGUUGGAUCUACAAGAAGGGGGAUUGAAAUGAAUACUGGCGUUAAGGAAGAAAAACCACAGAAUGAAGAGGUGGUGGAUGGGAGUAAAUUUGGUGUAGGAGGGCCUCAUACGACGAGUCCUGAAUUCAUUGCACUGAUAAACCGGAUAAACGAGAGGAAGAAAAAAAGGAUAAAGAAGAGAAAGGACAGACCGAUAUUAAUGUGGGAAGUGUGGGAUGAUGACAAUGACCAGUGGCUGGUUGAGAACUUCACAAUAGAUGGUGAAAUAGAUAAUCGAAAUGAGGUGAUGUCUGAAACUGCUGAGGCACCUUCAGAAUUGAUAAUGCCACUGCUAAGAUACCAAAAGGAGUGGUUGGCAUGGGCGUUGAAGCAAGAAGAGUCUGCUUCGAAAGGGGGCAUUCUUGCUGAUGAAAUGGGGAUGGGCAAGACUGUGCAAGCAAUAGCACUUGUGCUUGCUAAGCGUGAAUUCAAGAAGGCUAUUGGUGAACAUUGUUUGCCAUCAUCUUCUCCCAGUACAUCUCAGGGGCUUCCAGCAAUGAAAGGCACUCUUGUAAUAUGCCCGGUGGUUGCUGUGAGGCAGUGGGUUAAUGAGAUUGACCGUUUCACCUUGAAGGACAGCAAUAAGGUCCUGGUUUAUCAUGGAAAAAAUAGGGAAAAAUACCUUGACAGACUCUCUGAGUAUGACUUUGUUAUAACAACUUAUUCCAUUGUUGAGUUUGAUUAUAGAAAAUAUGUGAUGCCUCCAAAGCAGAGAUGCGAGUGGUGUGGAAGAGCUUUCUAUGAAAAAAAGUUGGCUCUUCACCAGAAAUACUUCUGUGGGCCAGAUGCUAAUAAAACUGCUAAACAGUCAAAGCAACAGAAAAAGAAACCAAAAUAUGGUGUAAAAUUGUCAAUGGAGAAAACAGAAUCUAAUAAAGGCAAGGCUCAGCAAAACAAUGGUUCUGAGGGUAAUCCAAGGAAGAAAGGCCGUAAAAAGGGCGUUAAAAGUUGCACCAUUGACAAUGAAUGCAGCAAUGAUGGUCCAUUUGAGAACAUAGCAAAUGAAGAGCAAGUCAUUUCAGGAAAAUCAAUUUUGCAUUCUGUGAAAUGGGAUCGCAUAAUUUUGGAUGAGGCCCAUUAUAUAAAAGAAAGACGCUCUAACACUACAAAAGCUAUUCUUGCUUUAGAGUCUUCCUACAAGUGGGCCUUGAGUGGCACCCCCCUUCAGAAUCGUGUUGGAGAGUUGUACUCACUUGUCCGGUUCCUUCAAAUUGUUCCUUAUUCUUACUACUUUUGUAAAGAUUGUGAUUGUAGAGCUCUUGAUUAUUGUUCCUCAACUGAAUGCCCACAUUGCCCUCACAAAUCUGUGCGACACUUUUGUUGGUGGAAUCGUUAUAUUGCUUCACCAAUACAAGCUGAAGGACAUUAUGGGAAUGGUAGAGAUGCUAUGCUUUUGUUGAGGAACAAAAUUCUGAAAAGCAUUCUGCUUAGACGAACUAAAAAGGGCAGGGCUGCUGAUCUUGCACUUCCCCCAAGGAUUGUGACACUGAGACGGGAUUCUCUUGAUGUCAAAGAAGAAGAUUACUAUACAUCUUUAUAUAAUGAGAGUCAAGCUCAAUUUAAUACAUAUGUUCGGGAAGGAACUGUGACGAAUAACUACGCCCACAUUUUUGAUCUCCUCACACGCUUGCGACAGGCGGUUGAUCACCCUUACCUUGUCGAAUACUCUUUGGCAAGAAGUGAAAAUGAUGCUAGCAAUGUUGAACAACCUUGUGGCAUAUGUCAUGGCUCAGUAGAAGAACCUGUGGUUACAUCAUGUGCACACACCUUUUGCAAAUCUUGUUUGAUGGAGUUCUCUUCUAGUAUGCCAAAAGUUUCAUGCCCUACGUGCUCCAAGCCACUCACAGCAGAACUAUUAAAUAGUAGUGGUAAUAGAGAUUCAAAAAACAGAACAACAAUCAAAGGAUUUAGGGCCUCGAGUAUACUGAACAGAAUUCUGCUCGCUGAAUUCCAGACUAGUACUAAAAUAGAUGCCUUGAGGGAAGAAAUUAGAUUUAUGGUUGAAAGAGAUGGUUCUGCUAAAGGAAUAGUUUUCAGCCAAUUCACAGAAUUUUUGGAUUUGAUACACUAUUCUCUUAUCAAGUCGGGCGUUAAUUGUGUUAUGUUAAUGGGAUCAAUGAGUAUGGCCGCUAGAGAAUCUGCUAUUACUAAAUUCACCGACGAUCCAGAAUGCAGAAUAUUUCUUAUGAGUUUGAAAGCUGGAGGUGUUGCUUUAAAUCUGACAGUAGCAUCGCAUGUUUUCUUGAUGGAUCCUUGGUGGAAUCCAGCGGUGGAGAGGCAAGCACAAGAUAGAAUCCAUCGGAUAGGACAAUAUAAACCUAUAAGGAUUGUGAGAUUUGUGAUUGACAACACCAUUGAAGAGAGAAUCUUGAAGCUGCAAGAGAAGAAGGAAUUAGUUUUUGAAGGGACGGUUGGUGGAUCCUUAGACGCACUUGGAAAGCUAACGGAGGGAGACUUGAAAUUCCUUUUUGUCACUUGAAGCAUGCAUGCAUAUGUAAUGUUGUAAAAUGUGUUUUUCCCUUACAUCUGGAGCAUAUCAUAUCUUUUUUGCCAUCUGUCUCAAGCAUAUCAUUUCUAUCAGUAAUCCUAACUCAUCUUGAUACAAAUAUAAUUGUCCUGUUGUCUCUACUC